AUGGACGGCUUCUCAGUCACGUCGCUCACAUCUCUAUGUGACACCAUCUCACACGCUGCCGUCUCCACCAACACAGAGCUCUCCGAUCUGCUGCGCGCAAUUCCCAACGAGAAGGCCCAGCAGUCCCUCACAUCUCUCUAUGGGUCGCUACAAUCCCUCGGUAACGAGAUCACCCAGCUCCAGAAAUCACUAACACAGGCUUCGGUUCUUUCUGAGUCGCUGCGCAGUCAGCUCCAGGAGUACCUGUCCGACUGCCAGAGGACCCUGGCCAGCCUCAACAAGCAAGUAUUGCGCCUUGAUUCCAGCUUGGCCGACAGAAUCAGCCAUACGUAUCUAUCAACUCGCAAAGAGUAUUUCACUGCGCACUGCCAGCUUCUCAGAUUCUUCACCACUACCCUUCACAUCAACGACAUUGCGCAGCAGGAUGCUGCAUUAAAAAGCACAGAUGGCGAAAGUGCCUCAUCGCUGGUCAAUGAUGCAUCAAAGGCCAUCUCCAAAUUCCCCGAAAUUCUCCAAGACGAGACCGGUGCAGCACCGUCCUACGAAUCUGUGUCCUCGGGUUCGGCCCCUCCCCUCGCAGGCAAAGCAGGCGGCGAUGAACUGCCACCCGCCUACGAGAACGUCACCAAUGCUGGCGCAGACGAGGCAGAGGAGGGUGGGUUUGAUCUGACCUCCCUCAAGCACUCAUGGAAGGCCUUGACCUCUGGAUUCAGCUGGUUCAAACCUGAUCCGCUAGUGACUGCCCUGUGCGAGGCAAGUCUGCGAGGUGACGUGAAGCAAGUGGCCGGAUUGCUGCAACAGGGCGCCAACAUCGACGGUCGCAACGACAAGAGCAUGACUCCGCUGGCAUGUGCCGUCAAGGCGAACCAAGCAAACGCCGUCCGCUUCUUGCUCUCUGCGGGCGCAAAUGACAAGACGGGCGCCAAGAUCCCGCCGCUCUUCGAGGCCGCAUCGGCGGGCAGUCUCGAGGUUGCCCAGGUCUUCCUGGAGAGGGGUGCAAAGGCCAGCGAGAAGAGCGUAUCCGGGCAUUACUACUUCUACGACGUGGUCAACGGCGAUGGGGCCAGCCUGGAAGGCGUCCGGUUCCUGCUGCAGCAUGGUGCAACUGUGGACAUGACCAGCACGCCUGGGCGACUACCUAUCGUAUGCGCCGUGAGAAAGAACCGCCUCGAUCUAGUGAAGCUCCUGCUCGAAUAUGGCGCGGCCGCCAACUCGGCCGACUACACCGGGUCGUCAGUCAUUUCACUCGCCAUCGACCAGGACCCCAAUUCGGAGAUGGUGGACUUGCUUCUACAACGCGGGGCGCCUGCCAACUCAAAGACGAUCUCCGGACAACCUAUCCUGGCGGUGGCCGUCUCCAAGAGAAGCCUCCCGUUGACGAGAAAGCUGCUGGAAAGAGGCGCCAAGGGCGACGCCAAGGACAUCUCCGGGUCUCCCCUCAUCAUCAACGUGAUCAAGGACUCGCACAUUUCCGAGACCGAGAGGACCGAAUACGUGCGUCUCCUGCUCCUCCACGGCGCCUCCGUCAAGGUCAAGGACAUUGCCGGCCAAGCCCCCGUGCUGCACCACGCGAUGCAGAGGGCAAACGGCGACAUCGUGGCCCUGCUGCUGCACUACGGCGCCGACACCACCAAGAACAUGUCGAACGGAGAGUCGCUGCUCUGCAAUGCCAUCGCCAACGGACGGCUGGACCAGGUGUCGGCGCUGCUCAAGUACAAGACGAAUCCCAACCUGCCCAACUCGAAGGGCCAGUCGCCGCUCAUGAUGGCGCUGAUAAAGCAGGACCUGAAGCUGAUACACCUGCUGAGGAAGCACGGCGCGGACAUCAACCAGGACGAGAGGGCGAUCGCGACGGUUCUAGGACGGUCGGACAUCCGCCAGGCUCUCGGGCUGGAUGCAUCUGCGGGAGGGCCGUCGUCGCCGACAUCCCGGACGACGAGUACGGAGAAGAAUUGA